GUGCGGCCGGCGGAAGGCGGAAGUGAUGGCGGCGGGCGCGGCGGGGCCGGCGGCGGCGCGGCGGCGAUAAGCGCUCGGGGCCCGACAUGGCGGCCCGCUGCGGGGGCUCGGCGCGCCUGUGCUCGCUCCUGGCGCUGGCCGCUCUGCUGGGGCUGGGCGCUGAGGCUAAGAAUUCUGAGGAUGUCCGAUGUAAGUGCAUCUGUCCUCCCUACAAAGACCAUUCGGGCCAGAUUUACAACAAAAAUGUUUCACAGAAAGACUGUGAUUGUCUUCAUGUGGUUGAGCCUAUGCCUGUCCCUGGACCUGAUGUAGAAGCAUACUGUUUACGCUGUGAAUGCAAAUAUGAAGAGAGAAGCUCUGUCACAAUUAAGGUUACGAUCAUCAUAUACCUGUCUAUUUUGGGCCUACUUCUUCUGUACAUGGUGUACCUUACCCUGGUGGAACCUGUCCUGAAGAGACGUCUUUUUGGACAUUCACAGCUCAUACAAAGUGAUGAAGAUAUUGGGGAUCACCAGCCUUUUGCAAAUGCACACGAUGUGCUGGCUCGUUCUCGGAGCCGUGCCAAUGUGUUGAACAAAGUGGAGUAUGCCCAGCAGCGUUGGAAGUUACAGGUCCAAGAGCAACGCAAAUCUGUCUUUGACCGUCAUGUUGUGCUGAGUUAAUUGUGUCUCAGUGAAAUAACUCCAGGGAAGUAAAGUGAACUAAUUGAAAGAGCUGACUUACGUCUUCCUGAUCCUGCCAAUUCAGAAGGGUUUUCUUGAAUAGUUCAUUAUUGAUUUUUUAAAAAAUAAAGUAUUUGAACUUUGAAGGAAUGGAGUGGAAGCAAUUUAAAAAGAUCAGUGAACCAAAAGCUAAAAUCUUUACACUUUCAAAUGGCUUUUACUAACAAAACUGGAAAAAAAAACCCAAACCCUAAGAUGUCUUGGGUUGCCACUGUGGUACCUUAUUUACAGUUGUAACUUUAUGGUGGUUUUUAACUAUAUAUUUCUCUCUGCUGUUUAUGUGGUUAAAAAGUACCUGGGAACACAGUAAUUACUUACAACUCACUAAUCACUUUAUGUAAAGACCUUUUGUAAAUAUACUUCGAUUUUUCUGCCAACUAAUGCUAGGUACUGGAAAUCUAAAUAUUGCAGCGUAGUUUUCAUAUCGGAGAAUGAAAUCCUGAUUGCCUGGAUUCAUCAUUUGGUUUCUUGCACUCAUACUUUCAAGAUGCUUGUAUGUCAAGUGAUGUUUGCAGAUUUAAGGCAAAACUUACGUGGACACUGACUCUUUGAGCUGCAUACUUAAAGUACUGUGAUGUAGAUAAACUCAAAUGCAGUGCGUAUCAAGACAGUGUUGGCAUUUUGUUCUAUUUUGCUUUAAUAGCUUAAUAUAUUGUAUGUGUAUGAAUCUCUUAAAAAAAAAAAAAAAAAACAAACAAACCAACAACUUUUCCCUUUCUUUUCAUGGGUAAAGUCUCAGGAGUUAGUAUAUGAUGAAAUAUUUAUUAUAAAAAAAUCUUUCUGCAUUUGUCUGGAUUGAUGGUGUAAGGCACAUACUUUCUCUAGCACCUGUCAUCUUGGGAGUUAGGUGUAUUUUUUUAUCUGUGAUUCUGUACUCAUCUCUUAAGAGGUAUACAGUUGCUAGAUGACUAACUUUCAUAUAUCCCCUUUGGAAUGUAACAAUUAAAGAUAAAACCAAUUUUUGAAAAAUGGA